CUGCCUGCGUCGCUCACAUGUCCUGGACCGACAGCACAUUGACCUGCUCUGAGUUAUAGACAACGAUCUCGACACCCGACUUGUACCUAUGCACAACCACACCAUCAUGCCCUUGAGCCGCCAGCGAUGCGUACGUCUCAUUGGGGGACAGUGCCUGCCAGACGUGCUUGGGGUUGCUCAUGCGGAUCUCUGCCUUCACCAUGCAGCCCUUGUGGCGGGCCUUCCUCUCGGUCUCGUCAGGCCGAAUGGCAAAGUAGAUGCCGCGGCCAGCCGCCCCUGACGAGCUGGGCUGCAUCACGCGCGUCUGUCUGAUCUGGCGGCCGAACGCGGGAGAAGUCUGAUGGUAGCCGAUGCAUCGGCCGCCGCUGAGGUGGGCUCUCAGGAUUGGGCAGUUCUUGGCGCGAUGGUCGCUGUCACCAUUGCGGCAGACGCGGCAGUAGUGCUUGGCGUGGUUCUGAAGCGACAACACGGACAUGGUAGACAGGUGGCGAGUGUGUGCAUUGUUGCUGUGGCUGCAUGUGUGCACACCUCCUUGCAACCAGCGGCCUGGGAGAGCCACGGACACAUAUACAGACAUGUGACAGCAUCUGUGUGUUGUGUGCUUGUCUUUCCGUCGCCCUCACCCUGCAGCGCGCCAUUGUCUUCAAUCACACUUCGACGGUUCCUUGUUUCGG